UCCAUUAUUCCUUGAGGAAUUCCUCGUAUGAUAUUUUUCUUGAAAGAAAGACGCGGCGAGGGGAGGGAAAGUGGUGCCUACGUGGAGGAAAACCCUAUGAUUCGUGGAGAUCGUGGGCCUGGUUUCAGCGGUAAAGAGUGGAGAUUGGUGGGCAUAAAUUAGAGUGGAAGCUUAGGAGAAAUAGCGAGGAUUUGGGAACUGUUUUCUUUACAGAACUGUGCGCGAGGUGUUCGACGUUUUGCCAAGGAGAGAAAAAGAUGGUGGCCGGCAUUGCUAAGGCCCGGGAGGUGGAGGUCGAGUGGCCGUGUUGCCUCGACGAAUAUGAGAAGCUUGUGUUACUCAUGAACACUCCGAGGGUGGUGAUUGAUAACAGCGUCUACCCCAGGGCGACUCUGGUUACGGUGGACAGCGCUAAGAAGCACAGGUACCUCCUGGAGGCAGUGCAGGUGCUUAGCGACCUGAAUCUUUCAAUCAAGAAGGCAUACUUCUCCUCUGAUGGAGGAUGGCUCAUGGACGUGUUUCACGUUACUGACCAGUUAGGCUGCAAGCUUACCGACGAGCGGGUUAUCUCGUUUAUCGAAGAGACGCUCGAAGCCAGAAGACCGAACAAAUCCGUUGGCCAGGAGAAUCUCACCGCUCUGGAACUCAUUGGUGCCGAUCGCCCAGGACUGCUCUCGGAGAUCUUCGCCGUGCUUUCUGAUCUCCAGUGCGGGGUUUCAGAUGCCCGUGUUUGGACGCACAAUUGCAGGAUGGCAGCCGUCCUUUUCGUUUCCGACGAGGAAUCCGGCGAGCCAAUCGACGACGAGCCACACAGAAUCUCCGACAUUCAGUCACGUCUCCGUAACAUCCUCCAAGGCCAGACCAACAUUACCUCCAUGGCUGUCACUAACGCAGAGCGCCGACUCCAUCAAAUGAUGUUCGCCGACCGAGACUUCGAGAUGGCUUCCUCCCCGCUGGAGGUGUCCAUCCAAAGAUUGGUCGAGAGAGGCUACUCCGUUGUCACCGUUCAGUGCUCAGAUCGCCCUAAACUCCUCUUCGACAUUGUCUGCACGCUCACCGAAAUGGAAUACGUCGUUUACCACGGCACUGUUCGCACCGACGACGCCGAUCAAGCUUAUCAAGAAUUCUACAUCAAGCAUUCAGACGGGAGACCUAUCAGCUCGGAAGCAGAGAGGCAGAGAGUCAUGCAGUGCUUACAAGCUGCCAUAGAUCGACGAGGCCAGGGUCUGAGGCUCGAAAUCUGCACAGUAGAAAAGCAAGCCCUUCUCUCGGAGAUCACUAGAGCUUUCAGGGAGAACGGAUUGUUGGUGAAGAGGGCGGAGGUUUCUUCCACCAAGGGACAAGUGGCAUCGAACAUCUUCUACGUCACCGAUGCCGCCGGUGGCAUUCCGAGCUCCGAGAUGGUGGAUGCCGUACGGAGACAUAUUGGUACGGGCUCCCUUACGGUGACGCAGCCAUUUCCGCGAAUCUGCGAGGAAGCGCAGGAGGCCGGGAACAGAUCAGGUACUGGGCUUGGGCUGGCCUCGUUGGGAUGCUUGGUUCUCAAGAAUCUCUCCAAUUUGGGAUUAAUUAGGUCCUCCUCUUGCUAAACAGGAAUUAUAACAUUCAUAAUGCACAAAAACUAUAAAAAGAAAAUCCGUGCAUAAUGAUUGUUUUAAUUUUAUGAACAUUUUAUUUUA